AUGACGUUAACGAAGCCCUUGUCCUUCGCUGAUUGUGUCGGGGAUGAGCUGCCAUGGGGAUGGGAAGCAGGGUUUGACCCCCAGAUUGGUGCCUACUACAUCGAUCACAUCAACAAAACCACACAGAUUGAAGAUCCGAGAAAACAGUGGCGGGGUGAGCAGGAGAGGAUGCUCAAGGACUAUCUCUCCGUGGCCCAGGAUGCACUCAGGACACAGAAGGAGCUGUACCACGUGAAGGAACAGAGGCUGGCCCUGGCCCUCGACGAGUAUGUCCGCUUAAAUGACGCCUACAAGGAAAAGUCAAGUUCUCGCACAAGCCUCUUCUCAGGGUCUUCAUCUAGCACUAAAUAUGAUCCUGAUAUUUUAAAAGCUGAGAUCUCCACCACACGAUUAAGGGUUAAAAAGCUGAAGAGAGAACUCUCCCAGAUGAAGCAAGAACUUCUCUAUAAAGAGCAAGGCUUUGAAACACUGCAACAAAUUGAUGAAAAGAUGUCUGGAGGUCAGAGCGGGUAUGAACUCAGUGAAGCCAAAGCCAUCCUGACGGAACUGAAGUCCAUCAGAAAAGCCAUCAGCUCAGGAGAGAAAGAAAAGCAAGAUCUGAUGCAGAGUCUUGCUAAGCUGCAGGAGCGCUUUCAUUUGGAUCAGAACAUGGACAGUUCUGAGCCAGACCUGAGAUCUAGUCCUGGGAACUCUCACCUCUCCCUGUCGAGACAGACCCUUGAUGCUGGGUCACAGACAAGCAUUUCUGGAGAUAUUGGGGUACGGAGCAGAUCAAAUUUAGCUGAAAAGGUCAGGCUGAGUCUCCAGUAUGAAGACGCCAAGAGAAGCAUGGCUAACUUGAAAAUUGAACUGUCAAAGUUGGACAGCGAGGCCUGGCCCGGGGCCCUGGACAUUGAGAAGGAGAAGCUGAUGCUGAUUAAUGAAAAGGAAGAGCUCUUGAAAGAGCUGCAGUUCAUCACCCCGCAGAGACGCACGCAGGACGAGCUGGAACACCUGGAAGCCGAGCGCCAGCGGCUGGAGGAGGAGCUGACGUCCACGCGGGGCGUGCCGAGCAGGGCUCUGGCCGAGAGAUUGAAAUUAGAAGAGAAAAGAAAAGAGCUGCUACAGAAACUUGAAGAAACUACUAAAUUAACUACUUAUUUGUAUUCACAACUGAAAAGCCUCUCCUCUAGCACACUGUCCAUGUCAUCUGGGAGCAGUCUGGGGUCGCUGACAUCCAGUCGGGGCUCUCUGAACACCUCCAGCAGAGGAUCCCUCAACUCGCUCAGUUCCAGUGAACUCUACUACAGCAGCCAGGGCGAGCAGAUGGACGCAGAUUAUCAGUAUAAACUGGACUUCCUUCUUCAAGAGAAGGGUGGCUACAUUCCUUCUGGACCCAUCACCACCAUCCACGAGAAUGAGGUGGCCAAGUCUCCCAGCCAGCCUGGGCAGAGUGGACUCUGUGGGGUGGCAGUCGCCGCAACCAGCCACACUCCCCCACUGACCGAGGCCUCCAAGUCGGUGACGUCCCUUUCCUCCAGGUCCUCUCUUUCAUCCUUGUCCCCUCCCGGCUCUCCUCUGGUCUUGGACAGCACAUUUCCGGUGUCUUCUCAUGACGCCGCUCUGCACCAGUUCACUGUGGACUUCGAGGACUGUGGAUUAAGUAGCCACUUUGCUGACAUUGGUCUUGGUGAAAAUCAGGUCUUGCUGGAUUCAGAUUCAGGAGCGUCGCAGUCUCUCUUAGAGGAUAAGGGCCUUGAUGAGUGCACGGGAGAGCUGCUAUAUGAAGGGGCAACAGAUGUGGAAAAGUCAUUACCCAAAAGAGGAGGGAUCCAUCUGCGUGGAGACAAAACUGCUUGUGUGUCAGCCGCUGCCUCUGAUGAGUCUGUGGCUGGAGACAGUGGGGUCUACGAAGCUUCCAUGAAACAGCCUGGUGAAAUGGAGGACAUGCCCUAUCAUGAAGAGGAUGUCACCAUUGUGGAGACCGCCCAGGUGCAGAUAGGACUCAGAUACGAGACCAAAAGUGCCAGCUUCAUGGUGAUUAUAGCACAACUCCGGAAUCUUCAUGCCUUCUUGAUACCUCAUUCUUCAAAAGUGUAUUUUAGGGUUGCUGUGCUUCCCUCCUCGGCAGAAGUGAGCUGUCUAUUUCGAACAAAAGUCCAUCCACCCACGGAGUCUGUGCUGUACAACGACGUGUUCCGGGUGGUCAUUUCUCAGGCAGCCCUGCAGCAGAAGACCCUCAGAGUGGACCUUUGCUCUGUCAGUAAACACCGCAGAGAAGAAUGCCUGGCUGGGACUCAGAUCAGCCUGGCAGAUUUACCAUUUUCCAACGAGAUUUUCAUGCUGUGGUAUAAUUUACUUCCUUCCAAGCAAAUGCCUUGCAAAAAGAAAGAAGACGAAACCGAGGUGCCUGCAGUUCAGUCAGCCGAGCCGGAACUGGAGUCUAUAGACUUGGAUGCCGUGUCGGCCUUACUUGCAAGAACUUCAGCCGAGCUAUUGGCCGUGGAACAAGAGCUGGCCCAAGAGGAGGAGGAGGAGGAGGAAGAGGAGCUGAGGCCUGAAGAACAGCGGGGUCCAGGGGGAGAUUGCUUAACAAUGCUAAGAGAGGCCUCUGAUGAAACUGUGGCUGCUAAAGAGGCUGAAGGUCACGUGGCGAAGGGCAGCUGCUGCACAGGAAACCCGGGUUCAUGUACAUGUAGGCCUGAUAGGAGUGAAGAUGAUCGUGCUGGAGACCCUGGUCGGCCACCAGCUGGGACUCCCACCCUGGUCGAUAAGGAGACGAAUACUGAUGAAGCAGUGGAUGGCAAUAUGGCAGUUCGCCCCAAAGACCGUAGCAGCCUGAGCUCUCGACAGCAUCCCUUCGUGAGAAACAGCAUGAUAGUGCGCUCACAAACCUUCUCCCCAGGCGAGCGGAGCCAGUACAUCUGCAGGUUAAACCGGAGCGACAGCGACAGUUCAACCCUGGCCAAAAAAUCAUUGUUUGUGAGGAACGCCACGGAGCGGCGCAGCUUGCGGGUCAAAAGGGCAGUCUGCCAACCCACCCUCAGGAGGACUGCUCAGGAGUGCCCGGUGCGCACAUCUCUAGACCUGGAGCUGGACCUGCAGGCCUCACUGACCCGCCAGAGUCGCCUUAACGAUGAGCUGCAGGCCCUGAGGGACUUACGGCAGAAGCUGGAGGAGCUGAAGGCUCAGGGAGAGACUGACCUUCCCCUGGGCGUGCUGGAGGAUGAGAGAUUCCAGAAGCUUCUGAAGCAAGCAGAGAAGCAGGCUGAGCAGACAAAGGAGGAGCAGAAGCAAGACCUGAACGCUGAGAAGCUGAUGAGGCAGGUCUCCAAGGACGUGUGCCGGCUGCGGGAGCAGAGCCAGAAGGUGCCCCGGCAGGUGCAGUCCUUCAGGGAGAAGAUUGCCUACUUCACACGAGCGAAGAUCAGCAUCCCAUCUCUGCCAGCUGACGACGUGUGACCUCGUGGCUUAACAUGGCUUCUCACCUGCUCACCGUCCGAGGGAGGGUCCAAGACUGAACCUUUACUGUUUUUGUUGUUUUCUAUUUUUUGUUGGGGGGGCGGGGCUUUUGUUUCCUGUAACACAACUGUCAACUCUUGAAGAACUUUCAUUUCACACCGAUUUCAUCAGGUUAAUUUGUAAAGUACUUUGAAUGUAACUCUUACAUGCUUUGAGAAGGACAAAACAUUCACAGAAUGAAUGAAAACGGGGUAAUCUGGUCCA